GUGAUCAUUAACCUCUCUGGAAAACGCAGCUGGCAGUUCUCGGAGUUUGUCAUUAGGAUGUGAGGACAGCCACACCGAUACUGCACAGGCUAGUUACAGAUUUUCUGGUUUACUUCGAGAGCUACUGCUCCACUCGUGUGUGGCAGAAAAAUGAGAUUUCGGCAAAUUUUGUGUGCAUUUUUAAUUUUCAUGAUGAGUCUCCUCCUUAUCAACGGACAGAGACCAGCUAAUUUGGCCCUGAGAAGAAAGCUACACAGACACAACUGCUUUCAGCGGAGAUGCCUGCCACUCCAUUCCCGUGUGCCCUUCCCCUGAGAGAACCUGGAGCUGGUGGCCUGGGCCUGCAGGAGGGACCUCACUGUGGAAUCUACAUGACUGCUUAGACGUUACCUUCCAGAAAGCAUCCAGAGUGGGUUUUUAGUUCACAGGACUGUCUCCUUGCUGGUUGGUUUUGUUUAGAAGGAAGUAACACAAAAUGAAAAGUUACGUCUGAACCUCCAUUAUUUGCCUUCAUAACAAAAAUCUCUCCUCUUUUUUUGCGCUUUCUUAUUCUUACACAAAUUAAAAUUAAAAAGUUUGUGAUGUUUUCAAACUCUGUAAUGGUAAAAAGUGUAAGAAUUUAAAGGUUGUUUUUUUUUUUUUUUUGUACUCCUGUAAUUUUCCAAAUGUAUGCUUUAAAGUAUUUAAUCUAAAAUCAAAUGCACUGGGGAUAUAGCUCAGCAGCACAGAACCUGCCUGGCAAACACGAGGUCCUGAGUUUGAUCCCUAGUACCAAAAAAAUAAAAUAAAAUCAUUUGCAUCGACUGGAUUUACAGAACAGGGAGAAAAUAAUCAGUUCAUUAAUUAUUUGUACUGGACAAAGUUAUUCCUGUCAUUUUAAUAUGGCAAGCUUUAGUGUUUAUAAAAGUAUGAUAUUUUGUAUUUUAUAGAGGUGUUAAAGAAAGUAUAAAAUACUAGCUGCAGUUCAUUUUAUUUUAAAAUGGAAAUGUUCAUUACUGAAUCUUUUUCUCAUCUUGUGAUUAUAACAAGCCUAUGUUUGUUUUCCUUUGAGUUCUGUUUUAUGCCCUUGAUUAUUUUGUAUAGGUAAAAAGACUUGCUUAAAGUUAACUUGUAAAAUGCAGUCAUAUCCAGGGAUGUAGUUCAGCAGCACAGCACCUGCCUGGCAAUCUCGAGGUCCUGAGUUUGAUACCAAAAGAAAAGAAA